UUCCUGACGUAAAGUCUUGUGAAGAGCUCUUACUUGGGUUCAGGUAACAUUUGAAAGAUGCCAGAAUCAAGCACAAAGAACCACAACGAAGGCAGCGCAGAUCCACCACAGCUUUCAUCCCUCAGGACAAGGAAAAGGCCAUCUGACAAUCUUUCCUCUACAGAUGUUGACAAUACUUUUCAACAGGUAUCUAUUGUCAUUUCUGUGCAAGAUCAGAAAGUGGCACAAUCCUCUCUGACCAAACUAGAUGUCAUUUCUGAUGAAAACGUUGACCAGUCAGAGCUGAAUGAUCCUGUUAAAAAGGAACAAGAGACAACAGUCACACAUCCCAUCAGUGAUUCUCAACUAGGGAUGUCUCCUGUAAGGGAUGAUACCAUGAGUGGAAAGGACGAGGAUGAAGAUCAAAUGACAGAGAAAUGUGACCAAAUAUUGUCUCAAACAGAGCAAAACCAGGUCUUUCCGUUGACCUCCAAAGACUCAGGUCAGUUAUGUUCAACUGCUUUAGAAGAUCAGCAGAGAACAAGUAAUGGCCUUCAGUGUAAUUUAGUAAGAAACCAAAAGGUGAGCCUUGGUGCACAGAGCAAUGAGAGUAUGGGUGACAGCAAAGAUGACAAAACUGAUACAGUGACGGAGGAGCCAACCAAAAAAAGGAAAAGGAUGGGUAUGUGUGGUCUGACAGAAAAGGAGCGAAGUCAUUUUUUACAGAUGACUAAGACUGUAAAUGGACAGAACAGCAGACCGAAAGUUGAACGGCAGACAUCCACAAACAAAGUUGACAUUGAAUCAUCUCUCCUACCACCAUCACUGCUUUCAACUCCGGUGACCAUCACUGCAGAACUGAGGAAAGAAGAGGUACUGCACACCAGUCAGGAUAGUGCAGUGGACAGGCCGGUAACAGAGCUCCACAUUCCUGACGCUCCCUGUAAUGGGUGUGACAUUGUGUGCAAGUCAAGUAGUUUGGACGGCGAAAGACAUGUCUGCGAAGAGGGCUCAGUUCUUGCUCCAGAUCCAACCGUGGACACCGAAUCAGCUCCACCUGCAAUGGGAAAGGAACAUCAUUUGGAGAAACCAAAUCCCCAAGAAGUGGACUGCGAAUCAUUCAGUCUAACUUCUAGCGAUGUGGAGGUGCAGUGUGUUUCUGUAGGAACUGAUGAGAAGACGCAUGAUCUGCUUGGUGAUGCUAUGGACUGUGAGGAAGACAAAGCAGAUGCGUUGUCUGUUAACACCCAAGAAGGAGACUGUCGUGUCAAACUCUGUGAAGUCAUCCCCUCUGGCGGCUCAGAGACGAAUAACAUGCUUGGUCACGAUGAUGACCAUUGCCCUGGUGCUGUGAACACAAAGCAGCCGCAAACCAUAAACUCCAGUGACUCUCUUGGAUCUGGGUGCUUCGAUUUUGUCUCAGACUCGCAGCUCAACAACAUCGAGUUGAUUGACGGCCAGGCAAUAAUGGAGAAAGUUGUUAAACCCUCAAGCCAUGAAGAAGAUGCCUCUCCAUUGAUUUGUGGGCUCAUUAAGGAACUCUCCUUUUUAAAUCGAACAAUUAUGGCUGCUCAUCGAGAGAUUGAGAACAUGCGGCGUGGCAGCAAGAACACAAGGAGUUUACCCCGUUGAGAAGCAAUCCAACUGAGUUCUUAAGUUGAAGGUCAAUGUAAACGUUGGAUCUAUGUUACACAAUUUAACCAUUAAGUUCACUUAGUGUUAAAAAAUUACAUUUUGACACUUUUUUUGCUUUUCUGUUAAUUUGUUGCAAAGUGGAACUGUUUUUUUCCAAUUAUAUUUCUUAUUCAUGAUGUAAGGUAGUUAUUUUCCAUCAGAACCAAAAGAUCAAUCACCAAAAGUGUUGGUUUUCACAACACACCAUUUUUUAUUUGAAUACAAACAAAAGGCGAUCCAACUGAGUUCUUAAGUUGAAGGUCAAUGUAAACGUUGGAUCUUUGUUACACAACUUAACCAUUAAGUUUAGUCUUUAAAAAAUUCCAAUUUGAUGUUCACUUUUCUGUUAAUUUGUUGCAAAAUAAAACUGUUUUUCCCGAAUUAUA